UUGCUUACAUAUUUUAUAAAUAUAUAUAAUUAACAAGUAUAUAAAAUCAAAGUUUCAAAAGACUUUAUUAAAUAUGUCUCGCAAAGAAGCUUUAUCACAAUUUAUCAACCAAAUCCAUGGCCGGCCUGUAGUGGUAAAACUAAACAGUGGUGUCGAUUAUAGAGGAGUUUUAGCUUGUUUGGAUGGCUACAUGAAUAUAGCUUUGGAUCAGACUGAGGAAUAUGUAAAUGGUCAAUUGAAAAAUAAAUACGGUGAUGCUUUUAUACGUGGCAAUAAUGUUUUAUAUAUAUCCACGCAAAAGCGACGAGUUUGAUUAAGACAAUUUUUGAAAA